UUCUGACUUCACUUCUGCAAAUCCCAGCUACAAUAUUUUUGAAGCACGAGAAGCAUAAUAUAAUAUAUAAGAAGAAGAAAAUACAUAUUUAAAAAAAGUUCAAAUAACAGAUCUUGGUGCAGAGUUUGUUUUCCGCUGGGUAUUUCCGCUCGUCGCUCUUCAUCGGUCGCCAGUGAUGUGGAUUUAACGUUAGCCAGAUUGAUCAUAAAAGCGCGUGUUCGUCUGUUAUGCAGGAUUAUUGACCUCUUUUCAACUCCAAAUCACUCGAUUGAAGAGAUGGAAGUCGACUUGGUUAGUUUCCGUCUACCUGGACAUGGAGACAAAGCCAUGAGCAACAUGAACUCCCUCCGGACACAGCAGCACUUCUGUGACGUCACCAUUGUGGCGGGGGGCAGACGCAUGUUCAGGGGGCAUAAGGUGGUACUGGCCGCCUGCUCCGCGUUUCUUAGGGACCAGUUUCUUUUGAACCCUUCAUCAGAGCUACAGCAGGUGUCGAUGUUGCACAGCUCAAAAGUGGUGUGUGAGCUCCUCCAGUCUUGUUACACAGGGAUGCUGCAGUUCAGUGCUAAAGAGAUUGUGAACUACCUGACAGCAGCCAGUUACCUGCAGAUGGAGCAUGUGGUGGAGAAAUGCAGAGGAGCCUUGAGCCAGUACAUGCAGCCCCGGAAUCGAAGCCCAAUGACUGUAAAAACAGAAGACCCGCAGUCCAUGCCGGUCAUUGUCAGUGGAAGUACCCACUCAUUGGGAUCUAUGUCGCCCCCGUCUGACACGGCAUCAUUACACCCUCACAGUUCUGGAAAGGAUGCUGAACACUCUGUCGUUCACUCCAGAGAUGCCAGUGAUUUUUCGAUGCACCAUGUUAGGGCAUCGGAUCCCUCUGGCCACUUCGAGGGCAGCAGUGAGUCCGACGUCUUUCAGGUGCAGAUCAGCGAUGAACAUCAAGACCCAGAGAAGAACCCUGAUGCUGAGGAGGUCAACAGAGAAUCCAUCGUCGUGUUAGACGACCACUGUCAGGAGCUGGACACGGGCGGAGAGGAAGCCAGUAUGGAGGGUCGAGGAAAAGGCAACAGUGUUCGAGGCGCAGUCCGCCCGUGGAGGCGACGACACGGCGAGCACAGGGGUGGCAGAGGAAGGGGCUUCAAAAACAAAAGACGCUACACUCUGAAGGAUCGCAAGCUUUUGGGGAACUAUCAAGAAGCUUGGCGUUUUCCCACUCCGGAUGAGAUCAUGGGUAACUUCGGAACAGACUUCGGGGCAGAUUACCUCUCCAAUCAGCAUCUCUCAAACAGUUCCCUCCAUGUGGAGUACAGGGUGGCAGAGGGACAAAAUGAGGACCAGGGUCCAGCUCAUUUCGGAGUAGAAGCUUCCAGAGGGGAAGAGACGAUGGUAGUCGGGGCACCGCAGAACGAGCGAGGCGCGCCUGACGAGUCCGUGGCUGUAGUCGGCUCCACAUCCUGCGUAACGGGACCGGUGGUUUGUGAGGACUGCGGACUUGCUUUCUCUUCGACGCAGGACUUGGCCGUGCAUUCCCUGGCGACGCAUCAGCUGUACGUGUGUCCGUGCUGCGGGAAGAACUUCAGCCACUCCAGUAACCUCAACCGUCACAUGAUCGUCCACCGCGGAGUCGCCAAACUCCACUGCUGUCCCCUGUGCCACAAGACCUUCACUCAGAAGUCAACAUUGUGCGACCACAUGAACCUGCACAGCGGGGAACGCCCGCACGUGUGCGCCUACUGCCACGUGAGCUUCGCCCACAAGCCCGCUCUAAGGCGCCACCUGAAGGAGCAACAUGGAAGGACCACUGCCCAAAACUACCUGGAGAUGCAGCGCAAUAAUGAGGGUGUGGCUGGAGGUGUUGGGGAAGGGGUUUAGAUUACAGUUAUAGGGAAUUUUGUGACAGUUAAAGUCAACAUGAAAUUAAAUUUUGCCCGGUCAACCUGAAGUUCUUGCUCUCGUUUCGUACGUUUCCUGAGUGCACAUUAUUCCAAAGCUAGAAUUGUUGGUCUUAUUAAACGUAAUACAUUUUGCAACUUUCCAUUUAUGUUGACUUCAUUCAACAGCUUUUUAGCAUUGUUUUAGGCUCAUCAAAUCUAGCCUAUAGGUCAAUAGUUCACAAAAAUAUGAAGAUUAUUUUGCAAUUUGUUACCCCCCUUCCCAGGUGUACAUUACUUUUUCUUCCGCUGAACACAAUAAGAUUAAUGUCAAUAUGGUAGCACACAGAAACAAGAUUUGGCGUUUUCAUCUUGUAGUUAAUCUAAAAUUAACUACACUUACAGCGCUUAAAGUCCCAGUGAAAUAAACAAUUACAAUGCCUACCUUUUCAUUAAAUAUCGCAGCGUUUAUUGUAAAUAGUUUACAAUGUGGGUCAUUCUCUUUUUAAAGUCUGUGUGCCCUUAUAAUCUUUAGUUAAAAUCUGAAAACCCACUUCCUUCCUAUAGUGACUAUCCAUCUUAAAUGACGUAUGUUAGACGACUUGGGCGGAGCAUCCGUUAACUCCUCCCCUUCAACUGUCUGUCUGCUGCCAGUUCCAUUUCAAAAUGUAAUGCUGUUGUUAUACAUCCAAUCGAAUCGCAGAGAAGAUGACAGCACUAUUUUUCUCAUCCAAAAUUCCCUUUUCACUCUGAUCUGCAUCAAAAUACGGAAUUACAAACGAUCGCAACUUCCUGGACUUUAACAAAUUUACUAGGCCACCUAAUAAUCAAGAGAAGAAAAGUAGAAGUAAUUUAUUAUAGUCGUUUUAUACCCAAAUUUAAAGAACAAUUUAAAAACCUUAUUUUUGAAGGAAUAUUUGAAUGUUUCUUUAAAGGAGAUAUAUUUGUGCACUUCAUUAUUUUUGAUUCAUCUUAUCUGUAACUGGGCAUCUGAAUAAAAAAAUUAAUUGCUCUAUUUUUUUUGACGUUCUUGUAAAUGAGUAAAUUAGAAAAUUCAUGGAUUAAAAAAAUAUUUUUGAGCAUUAGAAAUACUACUGUGAAGAUUUAAAAUUCAAUUUUAUUCAUAGGGUUAAGGGUAGGACAUCAUUUUUAUAAAUAUAAUGAUUUUCACUCUGUUAUUGUUGCAUAAUGUUUAUUGAACAAUAAUACUGAGGUGCAAAUAGUAACGUUAUCUGCCACUAUUUAUAAGUAUCAAUAGCUCCUAACUACUAUUUCUACCUAAUCCACAGAACAUAGAUAUUUUACAGCCUUAAAAUUAAGUGGCUCGCCCAUUGCACAAUCAUAACUUUUGCCCUGGCAAAAAAAUAUAUAUAUCACAGCACCCCCUGCUCAAAAUACAAUCCCGCGGCUAUGUAUGUGUUUGAAUGAUCUCAAAAGUCAACAUGCAUUUCAGCUUCUCAAAAGCCUCCUAAAGGUUUUUAUGUUUAAUUUCUUAUUUUGUUCAGCGACAUAACAAAAGUAAAAUAGGUUGGAGUUUCAUGUUGACUUUAACAGUAGUGUGAUAGAUAAUGACUACAGAGUGGUUUCACUGUGAUAAAGGAAGUGUUGCGCAUUAGUAAUGUCACUGUGCGGAUCAUAAUACUGCCAAAGUGUUUGAGUUUUUUAGUCCAGACAUCUUGAAUGCAGGGAGUGCCCUUAUAUUGACAGCCAUAUCAGAGAAUUGGUGAUUUAGUCCAGUUUAAAGUGAAGGUCACUUCAGGUGAGCAGCAGGAAAGGUCUAGUGCGGGCUUGUAGAAGGAUGGAUAAAAGAUGACGGGCAAACAACAGCGUUCAUGAAUUAGUACUGUGAUGAGGAAAGUAAUAGUCUGUCAUUUUAGAAGUGAAAUGCAAGUGUCUCUAUGUCUUUAUAACAUUAAAUAAAAUGGGAAAAGUUUGUCUCUA